UUGCCAUCGGCCAUCGCAGCCAAAUUCAGAAAUAUCAAAAGAUGGUCAGAAUUUGUGGCCCUAAACUAGCAAAUUGUUGCUUUUUGAUAAGCAUAUGGGGUAUUAUAAUGUUGUUGUUGUUAGGAGUAUUUUUCAGUACAAGAAGCGUAGCACUCAUAGAGGAUAUUCCUGGCAAAAUGAAAGAAUCAGAAGGUUAUAAAUCAUCGGCAAAAAAUUGUUACAUAGCUGCUGGAAUUUAUGCUGUUACAAUGGUUGUAGCAGCACAUCAGAAAUGGGUGAAUAGUCGGACAGGAGACACACAAAAGUUGGUUGUGACGUAAAGAUUGUACAUAGAAGUUACUGCCAAGUGAAUGUAGCUAGAUUUACCACUAAAUUUGUUACUAGUGGUAGUAACAUAGUCUGUUUUGGGAGCUACAUGUAUGAACACAGAGACUAUUGUGUGAUCAUAUGAAAUAAUAUCUAGAUAUAUAUUAAGUAUAUGUAUUUAAUUUCUUUGUAAACUAUCAAUGGCAGAAAUAGAAUAGAAUUCAUUAGAAUUACUGAUCAAAUCUCAUACAAAUCCUUUUAAAGUUAAUUUAGGAUAUGCUGAUAAUGGAUCAUAACCAUAACACAAAGCCAGCCUAAUUUUUGGUUAGAAUUUCUGUAUUGACAAACAUUUUCUGUCAGUAAACUGUGUUUGUAGGGUGAAAUGGGUUUUAAUUUUAAUUUGGGUUUUUGCUUUGUUUUGUUUUGCAGUUAUGUUCAAGCGUAGCUGUGAUCUAUGUGUUCUAGUAUUGUUUUGAGUAACCUUAACAAUUAUUAUUUUUUGUGAGAAAGUAACAUACAUGUAAUAAGGUCAGAAAUGGUGAUGUAUAGUGUAUUCAUGUUGUGAAGCAGAUUGAGUCAAUACAACAGUGACUACUUUUAAUAAACGUAAGGUAAAAAGGUCCGAGGCAAGAGAUAUCUUUCAAAGAACAAAUAGAUUACUACAUUAUCUGGUAAGAAAUUCUGAUUGCCUUAUAUAUUGUAGGAACCUCCCAAUAUAAUGAAAAUCAUUCUUUAUCCUUAACAAUUAAAUGUUAAGUUGUAAUUUUAUUUUUCAAACAUAUGAUUGGUAUCAUUUUGACUGUAGUACAAUUCAUAACCAUGGGUAAUACAAGUUUGUCAGCCUUACUGCUAAUGAUCUCCUGUCUCAAGAAGUGAGAGUGAUUGUUAAUUUUGUCUCGCACAAUUA